AUGUCUAGGUGUCUACCAUUCCCUCCUCCAAAUUAUAUGAAGAAUGGCAUAGGGGGUGAAGCACUCCUACAGCAAUUGGAGUUCCGAAGAGUGAAAUACACUAAGGAAAAAAAGGAAGAAAAAGAGAGGAAAAGAAGCCAUAACGAUGAAAAGAGUAAAGAAAAUGAUAAGAAGUCGAAAAGAAGCCAUGUCGAUAAGAAGAGUGAAGAAGAUGAUAAGAAGUCGGAAAAAAAUCACGAAGAGAAAAGAAGCAAUGAUGAUAAGAAGAGUGAAGAUGAUGAUAAGAAAUCGAAAAGAAUUAAUGAUGAUAAAGAGAGUGAAAAAGAUGAUAAUUCGAAGAGUAGUCAUGAGAAGAAAAAGGAACAGAAACAUGAUGUUGAAAAAAUGGAGACACAUUUAGUGUAUACAAAGUUGACUAUGAAUUGGGUUCCUCUUCGAAUGCAAAUGGUUCCAACUGAUUUACAAAAUGAAAAUUGGCUUUCUAGGAAGAAUCAUUUCAAUGGUGAAAGUGAAAGUAAAACUGCUGAUCGAACCGAACAUUUCGGAAAUAGUAACUGCACUGACAAUGGCAGCUAUCAAAGAAUCCAACCACUCGCAUCUUAUUUGCCUCUUGCUGAAGUGUAUGCUUUGCCUUACGCUUUGCCAUUUUGA